UGUUCCAGUGUUUUCAGUAAAAAUGUAAAAUUAAAAUAGUUUUGAAGUAGAAACUGAGUUGAAGAAAAUAAUACUUUGUUUAAACACUCCUAUAAUUUGUUAAAUCAAAUGAUUGAGAGUGAUAUCUCUUUGGGCAACUCAACCGUUUUUUGAGAGAAACGGUACGAGUUAUUACGUCCAAACGGUUUGAUUAAUUCAAAAUGGCGCCCAUGUUCGGUCAGCCGAACUUUAUUUGGUCGAACGAGAAUUCGAGCGAAGACUCCGAGGAGUGGAUAGAUUCUGAAGUGUCAGACACUACGGGGUUUCAGGACAUGGCGUUCGGGUAUAUGCUAAUACUGGUGGGGAUGUUCCUGGUGUGGUUGUUCGUGUACUUCUGCAUGAGGCUGAUUUCGUUAAGGCAGAAAACGCGCACGCCACCGCAGAGGAGGAUGUACGUGGGCUCCCGAGUCCGACAGUCACUUUCUCAAGCCGAACCCACUAUCUAUGUCAGCCCCAACAAUUUGCCGCCGCCGCCCAAAUAUGAAUGCCUAGCGCCACCCAGCUACGAAGAAGUAGUAGGCGUCCACUACCCUCAAUACCAAAACCAGCCCAUCACCCAGCCCAUAACUGCCGCCAUGGCGCAAAGCACUCAAGUGACGCAAAACGCCACUGACGUGCCCCCGCCGGCGGUCGUCACCAUCACCUCAGAGAGGACGCCAGUGCAGGUCGCCGCGUCAUCGUGAUUUCGUUAACCGUUAUUUUAGUAAUAACGUUAUAUGAUAAUAACGAUUUAAGAAACGCGUUGAUGUUUUUUUUAUACUUCAAUGUGGUUUCUAAAUGCAACUAAAAGCAUUAUUUUAAGCGUCAGUUUUGUUAUUUGUCAACAAAUAAAAAGUGCAAUAUUAGAAAUCAUCAAUUUCUAUGUAAAUUCGAGUAAAUAAUUUAAUGCAUUCGAAAAUUAAUAUCAGUAUAUUUAACUUUGUGUAUAAAGUUAAAUUUAAACAACUGUUAUGCGUUUUUGAAUGAUUUGGUAUUUAAAACCGAUUUUAUUUACACAUUAACAUUCCUCUAGCAUUGUGCAGUAUUGUUAUAUUUU